AAACAAGUGUUUUAAGGUAAAUAGCUGCUGUAAGUUUCCUGAAAGUGUUUCUGUUUUAUUUAUAAGCCACAAAUGUGGGUAGCGAUUAGUGGAGAAAUUCGGGAAAGGUGCAUCAUUCGCCUCUGUCUUCAACGAUUCUGAAUCUUCUCAACCUGGUCGCACAGCGACGGACAUGCUGCGGAGCGCGUGUGCGCCGUUUCGCUCACAAAAUGCCAAGAGGAAACAACAUUGAACGCAUAUUAUUUCGUUGACAUAGCUCGCGUAGUGAAGACGUGCAGUCGUCCCGUUCGUCAGUCUCCCGCGUCGGUGAGUCAAAUUCCCGUGUUGGUCCCGCAUUCGUUCCCACACCCUGUGCACCGCUUCGAUUCGAUCGUCACGCUCGGAAAGUAAAACCAGUUACGGUAGAAUUCUGAUACGACUGCAGCACGUAUUCUGCCAGCGAAUUGCACGUGAGAGUGAGUGAGCACCAGCAGCUGUAACUCCGUCCAGUUCAAGGCCAACGGUUUUCCAUCUGAUUUUCCUUCCGGAACAGCACAGCCACAGCCAAGAUGUUCAGCGGAAUUACUGGAGGAGCCAAAUCCUCACUGAAGAACAUCGGCAGCAAAGCGGAAGGGCUGUUCGAUAAGAAGAAGAAGGAAGCGCAAGAUUUGGCCAACGAAAAGGUCCAGGCAGCGUCCAGCUUGGCCGAGGAGCAGGCGAAGAAGACGCAAGAAUCCUUCAGCAAAACCAAAUCCGAUGCGGAAGCUUUGGCAUCGUCGGCUGCCGACGAGGCUAAUGCCACAAAGCAGCAAGCGUCAGCGGUCGCUGAAACAACGUCGCAGGCCGCCGGUACGCUGAUGGACCAUGCCAAGCAGGCAGCCGAAAAUGCCAUACAGCAGAGCGCGGUCGCGGUUGAGCAAGCGGUCGAGGAGCAGAUGAAGGUGGCGGAACAAAAGGUGGACGAGGGUAUGAAACGGGCAGGCGAAGAGGUGGAUCGGAAGCUGCAGGAAGCAAACCGGGUGGCCGACGAGAAGCGUGGUGAGCUGGAGCAGAAAGUAAAUGAUGUCGCUACGAAGGCGCAAGAGUCGGCCACGGCCAGUGCGACUGGAUUGUUGGGCAAGCUGAACCUGGGAAAGUAAAUAGCUGAAAACGGGGGGAGGCGUUGAGAAGAAUCUCGCACCCAGCACCCAUGAAGAUGCUAGAUGCUGCUGCACAGAUCUGAGAACCCAGAUAUCGUUGCUGUCGUCGGUGUUCACCAAGCGCUUCGUUUUGCAAAACCGCACACAUUCGAGAUGUGCUCGUUCAACGUGAUGAUAUUAAGCUUUUUUGGAUGAAUUUUUAAUACAACUAUAAUUAAUGUACUAUUAGCAUGUUUAGCACAGAACUCGAGGAAUAGUUACACCAAACACUCAUACACUGAUUGGUUAAGCUGUGGCUGGUGGUUUAUAUUGCUGCCGCGUUAAAAAAAACCAAACGAUGAAAAUAUUGCCUUGCACCUUGGAGGGAAUUAUUAUCCGGAGAUCCGGAAAUGGUGUGCUUCCCGUUAGGGUGAUGGAAAAAACAAUAGAAACGGACUACCUGCCUAAUAUUUGCCUAAUGAGCAAAAUAGCACAACACACAGCUACCUAAUCGUUACCAACCUUAUCACAAGCGCGUAGUUUUGAAUGUUGUUUAAUCCGUACAAGACAUCAUAAUGUCCAAAAGUUCAUUUACAAGAUAAAUGUAUUGGCGUAGUCAGAAAAGCACCUUAUUACGCGGCAUAAUUGCGUCCAAACAAAGAAGCAUUCGCUAUGUAGGUUCGAGAGUUUUAAUAUAACGGCUGAUCAUAAUGUUUUACGAUAACUAAAUUCAUUUACCGUAAUAAUGUGUAAGUUCGCUCGAGCAAGCAAACGAUCAUUCGGUGUGCAAAAAUUUCGCGCCGAUUACACUUGGUUCAAAACUUUUAAUUUUUUGUUUAACCUCCAAAGAUCAAUGGAAAAUGCUUUUAUACUGUAAUGGCAAAUAAAUAGAUGAUAUACAAAUCAAA